AGUAGAAGGCCAGGCGCCCCGGAGAAGAAGGAGCCGCGUGUUCGGCGACUAUACACGCUCUUCCUCUCUUUCGAAUGCAAGCGCGUCGGCUGAGAAACGGAAAAAAACGCGAACACAUCACCGGUCAUCGAAAGCGCACACUCGUAUUUUUGGGAUCGCCGUCGAGCAGCCGUCAUCCGUGGUUUGACUCUGCGAGGCCGACCGUUCGUCACGCGAGACGUCGCUCUCAGCGCGAGCCGGAGACCUCGGAAUGGAGCUGCGGAGUGUCACCUGACAAAACAAUCCGCUCUCCGGAUCGUGGCACAAACAAUGAAGACGCCGCUGACUCUUCUGCUGCUUCUGUGGACGGCCGUGCUGCGCGGCGGCGCGUUUUCCUUUCACGUAGACUGCAACGUCACGCUUCCGUGGACCGCGAAGGCCGAAGAGCACGGUGACGUCCCCAAAGAUCUAUUCGAGGAGCUCCUUCGCUGCCCCUCCAGACUCAACGGCUGCGCUUCGUCGCCCGUCGAAUGCGCGCUGAACCUUUUCGCGGUGACGUGUUCGUGCGCGAGUAACUGCGAAGCGUACGGCGACUGCUGCUGGGAGGCUGGUUCGACUCUCGCUCGACCUAGCGCAGCUGCAUGCGUGACGCUGAACGUCAAAGGCCUCUACGAUAAGGACAUCUACGUGGUGACGGGAUGCAACCACCAGUGGCCCCGGGACCAGGUGCGAGAUGCGUGCGAGAACGUUGACACGUACAACGACACGUAUUACGCGAUUCCCGUGACGAGCGCGCGGAACGUGACGUACUUGAACGCCUUCUGCGCGCUCUGCAAUUACGACUUGGACAGCACGGCUACGUUCUGGAACUCGACGGGAUGGAGCCAGAGGUCGGUGACGCACGCCAUACCGAGGUCGGUUGAGAGAAGCGGCGAGCAUUUGCUGAGGCCAUGCGCGCGUGGUAUCCAGAUUGCCGAGACUUGUCCCGAAGCAUCCGAUUCAGAGCACAGCCGCAAGUGCGCGACGUACUUCGCACCUGUGAAGCACAAAGGCAAUGAGUCGGAUGUCGUGUACAAGAAUAUCUACUGCGCGCUCUGCCACGGCGUCGAGUCAUCGCUGCUGGAGUGUGCGCCGUCAGAAGUGGUGCCGGACUUACGAGACAGACCUCGGUUGAGGUCCUUCCUCGGUCCAAACCUGGUGUCCCUCUUCAAACCGGUGGUCACCAGCGAUUCUUGUUUCUCCUGGCACGGUGACAAGUGUUACAUCAGAGCUCCCGACUACCGCUACGCCAACGUGACGACCAAGAACGAGACAAUGGCUCAUUUGGAAACCAACGCGACGUCGCCAGCGCGCCGGCGAUGGUACGGCGUGCAAAACUACCUCACCAUCAUCUGCCUCAGCCUCUCCCUCGCGUGCCUGUUCCUCAAGGGUGUCGCGUACGUGCUCUACAGGCACUCGCGGACGUUCUCGUCCAAAUGCACCCUUUGUCUCUCGGUGACCUUGUUCUGGAGCCAGUUGAUUUUCCUUUUAGCGAACAGCUUCAAGGUCCCCGCGCCCUUCUGCGCAGUGCUGGCCCUGUUCUUGCACUAUGGGUUCCUCUCCACGUUCUUCUGGACAAGCGUUCUAUCGUUCGACAUAUGGAAGAACGUCGCUGCUGUGGUACACCUACCGUCAGGGCGCCACGGAUGCGGAUUCUUCGCCUACUGUCUCAUCGCGUGGGGAGCACCGUCGGUCAUCGCCGGCCUCUGCGCAGUGCUCAACUGGACAGUGCCGUCCAGUUUCCCGCUGUCUCCGCGCUACGGCCAUUUCGGCUGCUGGAUCGGCAGCACAGGGGCGCAGGCAGUGUUCUUCCUGCUUCCCAUGAUGCUGCUGCUUCUCCUGGACUUGUGCCUUUACGCGCACAUCGUGAUUCACAUCCGCCACACGUCGAGCCAGACCGCGGGCUUUGACUUCAAGGGAGGCGGACAGCGAUCGCACAUGGGGCUCUUCAUCAAGCUAGCGUUAAUCAUGGGUACCACGUGGCUUCUGGGUUUCGUGGGAGCCUUCGCGGAUGUCGUCGCCGUGGACAUCAUCGUGAUCGUUUUGGUGGGGCUACAGGGCGUGUACUUGUUCUUCGGAUUCAGGGAUUAUCGUCACUUCCUUCCCAAGCGGUUUUUCCGGAAGGAUCUGGAACGGACCACCAGCGCCUCCAGCAGCAACACGGUGCUUGCGGCCAGCGUCGCGAGGGACCCUAACGGAAGUGUUCACGAACUCCACCGGAAGCGCAGUUUUGACAUCAUCGAGAGAGCGAAGUGACACCCCCCUUCUGCACUUUAUCAGCGUGCUUCCUUUCUGAACUCACUUCCGUGAGGCGUGAAUGCGUGUGUAUUUUGUGCUAUUUAUUUUUUCUGACUGUGACAAAGAACAGGAGGCUGCAAAGGUUCGUAAGCAAAGAGAUGAACAUCAUUUAGUAUGUUGUGCGUAGUGUUGUUGUGCAACUGUGAACAUUUAUGCCAUCCAUUUGACCCUCUGCUUCCGCUUUCUCAAUUGGAAGCCCAAUUACCUUAUGAUGGUGCAUGUCAAGAACGCAGUGAAUAUAUUCACCACUUCUCUGUCGUAUGCGUCAAUCUGAGUGAGCAUCUCUCGCUUUCAUUUUUUCCGGCUGCUCGUAAAAUAACACCAUGCAACACUUUUCAUUGCGGCCAUCUUUUAGACUAAAUGUGAGAUAUAAAAUUAUAUGAGCGGCUGAGGUGAUGUUUGCGUUACUGAACCUAUGAAAAGUACUGUUACUGAAUGUAUCACGUGAUAGAUGAUCAUGCUAUGAAACAGUUACCACUCAUGACGUGCUGGCUGUUGAACGGGUAAGCACCGUGUGCUUGAUUAUGUUGUCUGAACUAUCUUUUUUAGGCCGUUUGUGACAGUGCACAUUUAUGAAUGAUUUUAACGGCCGUAGUGUAAGCGGUACUAAGUGCUAAUGAAGUGCGAGAUUCUGCCAAGGCACAGCUGAGCCAAGAAGCGGGACAAAGUCACACAAACUCGUGCGCUUGGCAUUUUGGUGUUUUUUUUUAUGCCUCUGUAUUCAGUGAUUGUGUGCACCCAGAGAUAAUUAAAUUCUUAGAGCACAGCA